AUUUCAUUCUUACAAAGUUAAUUUAUAUUCAUUGGAGCCAUGAUUAACUCUAAGAGACUUUUGCCAAUGGCUCGCAAAUGGCAAAAGUAUGCUAGUCAGCAGAGGAAGAAAAUCUCCCUCAAGAGAACUCCCAGUCAGCGAGGGAGUUCGGUAGCCGUUGAAGGCAACUUUGUCAUCUAUACAGUAGAUGGGAGCCGGUUUAUGAUUUCAUUGGCUUAUCUCAACCGCCCCAUCUUUCAAGAGUUGUUGUCAAUGGCAGAAGAGGAGUUCGGAUUCACGAGAUGUGGACUCUGCUUAUGCCGUUCAACUCUAAAAUACUUUUUGCAAAUAGCUCGCAAAUGGCAAAAGCAAGCCAUUAAACCGAGGAAGGGAAUCUCCCUCAAGAGGACACCCAAUCAGCGAAGAAGUUUGGUAGCUGACAAAGGCCACUUUGUCAUCUAUGCAAUGGAUGGAAGCCGGUUCAUGAUUCCAUUGGCUUAUCUCAACUGCCCCAUCUUUCAAGAGUUGCUAUCCAUGACGGAAGAAGAGUUCAGAUUCAUGAGAUGUGGUCCUCUGCAAGUGCCAUGUGAGGCAUCUCUUAUGGAGUACAUAGUGUCUCUAUUGAGCAAGAAUACGUGUGUGGAGGUGGAGAAGGCAUUGGUUUCCAUUAAAUCAUGCAGAGAGCCUUUGCCUUCCCUUUGCUUGCAUAGAAGCAUCCCUCCCAACAACAUUCUUUGUGGCUUUUAAGCUCAUAAUGGAGCUUAUCUUUUUUGU